GCGCACAAACAGAAUAGCGAAUAUUCUGGGUAAAAGCUUUGACCUGCUACUGAUGUGUCGUGAGUUUACAUUCAUUCAGCCCGGGUUUCAGGAGCUGAAGUGAUUAUUACACUGAGCCGAAUACACGCCCACGAUGCAGACUCUCACACCUCACGUGUUUUGGGCCCAGAGACACGGAGAAAUUUACCUGCGGGUGGAGAUCAGUGAUGCCAAGAACCUUGAUAUUCGUGUACAAGACAACACCCUCCAAUUUAGAGGUCAGGGUCACGGAGCAAAAGGAGAAAACGAAUAUGAAUUCAGCUUGGAGUUCUUAAAUCAAGUGGAACCAGAGAUAAAACACAAAUCCACCCAGCGGCAGGUGAAUAUCACGGUGAGAAAGCAGAAGCACUGCUGGUGGAAUCGACUCACAAUGCAGGAGAAGAAGCCUGUGUUUCUGGCCCCUGACUUUGACCGCUGGCUGGACGAAUCGGAUGCUGAGAUGGAACUGAGGCAAAAGGAAGAAAGAAUAAAUAAAAUAAGCGUUGAGUCAAGGAUUCCAAAGGACCCUUACCUAGGCUUGAAAAAGGGAUAUCUCUUCAUGUACAACCUGGUUCAAUUUCUUGGAUUCUCCUGGAUCUUUGUCAACAUGACUGUUCGUCUUUUCAUACUUAGAGAAGAUUCUUUCUAUGAUACCUUUCACACCACUGCUGAUGUGAUGUACUUCUGUCAGAUGCUAGCCAUUGCUGAGGUUAUUAACCCUGCUCUGGGGUUAGUCAGGACUGGCGUGAUGCCUGCCUUUAUACAGGUGAUGGGGAGGAACUUUGUCCUUUUUAUCAUCUUUGGGAGCCUAGAGGAAAUGCAGAACAAACCUGUUGUUUUCUUUGUCUUCUAUCUCUGGAGUGCCAUUGAGAUAUUUAGGUACCCCUUUUACAUGUUGGCCUGCAUUGACACUGAAUGGAAAAUGCUGACUUGGCUACGGUAUACUAUUUGGAUUCCCUUGUACCCACUUGGUGUGCUUGCCGAAGCUGUAGCAGUGAUUCAGUCUAUCCCCAUCUUCAAUGAUAGCAAGUUCUUAAGCAUCCCUUUGCCUGAAGUCCUUGGCUCUUCUCUCAGCUUCUCCUAUGUCUUGCAGCUAUACUUGCUGCUCAUGUUCCUGGGACUCUUCAGCAACUUCCGUCAUCUCUACAAGCAGAGGAGGAGGCGGUUCAGAACAAAAAAGAGGAAAGCAAACUGAGAAGAACUUGAAAGAUGUGAAGUGUCCUGCCGUCACCUAGGACUCCCUCAACCCAUUCUUUUCCAUUCUCUAUCUACAGGAGGCAUUACAGUCUUGUUCUCAAAUAUAUAAGUUAUAAUAAAUAAGUUAAUUUGAUUGA